AUGACCAAACGCAAAACCUAUGAGGCCGAAAGGGCCUUCAUUGAGCCGUACCCGGCGGCUAGACACAUGUACCGCGUCAGGAAGGGCUUCGUGCCCGGAAUGAACGUCGAGGGAUACGUGUUCGCCAACGAUAACCUAGCUAAGCUGCUUUUCCAGGAGCUGCAGCAGUACAGCACCGACGCGGGCACGUUCCUUCCGGCGCUGAAACAGCUGGCCAACGUGGCGGCGUUGCCGGGGAUCGUGAAGGGGAGCAUCGCGCUCCCGGACGCACAUUCAGGUAAUCUGCCUCGAACCAGCGUACACUGCGGUGCAGGGUAUGGAUUCUCAAUCGGGAACGUCGCGGCGUUCGACAUCAACGACCCCGACGCCGUGGUCUCGCCGGGCGGGGUGGGCUUCGACAUCAACUGCGGAGUCCGGCUCCUCCGCACCAACCUGACCCUUAAGGAUGUAGAGCCCGUUAAAGAGCAGCUCGUGCAGUCGAUGUUCGACCACAUCCCCGUCGGGGUCGGAUCGCAGGGUAUGAUACCAUGCACGAACGCGGCGCUCAACGAGAUCCUGGAGUACGGCAUGGACUGGACGGUCAUGCAGGGGUACUCCUGGGCGGAGGACAAGGAGCACUGUGAGGAGUUCGGGAGGAUGAUCCAGGCGGACGCCACCACGGUUUCCUCCAGGGCCAAGAAAAGGGGGCUUCCGCAGAUGGGGACGCUCGGAGCAGGCAACCACUACGCCGAAAUACAGGUUGUCGAAGAGAUAUACGACAAGUACGCCGCAAAGGUCAUGGGAAUCGACCAAGUCAACCAAAUUUGCGUCAUGAUACAUUCCGGAAGCAGGGGGCUGGGGCACCAAGUGGCCACCGACGCCCUCAUCGACAUGGAGGCGUCGCCCAGCGCAUCCAGCAUCAAGGUGCUUGAUAAGCAGUUGUCGUGCGCGAAGAUAAACUCGGACGAGGGCAUCAAGUACCUAAAGGCAAUGGCAGCCGCGUCGAACUACGCAUGGGUCAACAGGAGCGCCAUCACGUUCCUCAUGCGGCAGGCUUUCUCAAAGACGUUUGGGCAAACGCCGGAUGACCUCGACAUGCACCUCAUAUACGACGUCUCGCACAAUAUCGCAAAGGUGGAAGAGCAUAUGGUGGAUGGCAAAUGCAAGACUCUGCUCGUGCACCGGAAGGGCUCCACGAGGGCCUUCGGCCCGCUACAUCCUCUGGUCCCCGCCGACUACCAACUCGUUGGCCAGCCGGUGCUAGUGGGGGGCACGAUGGGCACGUGCUCGUACGUGCUCACCGGCACUGAGCUUGCUAUGGACCUCACCUUCGGGUCCACGUGCCACGGGGCAGGACGCGCCCUGAGCAGGAACAAAAGCAGGCACACGCUGGACUACAAGGAUGUGUUGAACAACUUGUACGAGAAAGGGAUCUCCAUCAGAGUUGCCUCACCCAACCUCAUAUCGGAGGAGGCGCCGGAAUCUUACAAGGACGUCACCGAAGUUGUGCAGACCUGCCACGAGGCAGGAAUCUCGAAGAAAUGCGUCAAGCUGAGGCCGAUCGCUGUUAUUAAGGGGUGA